GAGCACCUCCCUGGCGGCGAGGUGACGGGGUUCAUCAUCACAGCGCCCUCCUUCGGCAAGACCGACGGCAAGCCGAAUGCCAUUUAUUUCUCGGGUGACACCAUCUACCUGCCCGAGCUCGUUAAAAUGCGCGAGCGGUUCCACAUCUCAGUCGCGCUGCUCAACACCGGCAAAGCGACCGCCCCGUUGCCAACUGGCCCGCUGCAGAUUACUCUGGACGGGGCGCAGGCGGCGCGUUUGUUCCGCGAGCUUGGGGCGGACGUGCUCGUGCCGAUGCACUUUGAGUCUUGGCGACAUUUUGCUGAGGAAAAGUCGGACCUCAGGCAGGCGUUAGAGGUAGGUGGGGUGAUGGAUAAGGUGAUGUGGUUGGAGCCUGGAGUUAGAACGACGAUUGUGUAA